AUGACAAAUGUUUAUGACGAUUUAUCAAAACGAGAUCCACUUUAUGAAGUAUGUUCAUGGAUUAGUUUUGGUAAUGAUGCCAAUUGGAAAUAUCAAGUUUUCGUUUUGGAUCCUCCAGCUCCUAUUGAAUGUCCAUUUACUGGUAUGUGGACAUUUAAACAAGUUGGACAACCUAAUUCAUUAAUUCAAACAAGAAUUCGUGGUGGUAUAACACCUCGACCGCGUGAUCAUGGUUGGUAUAUAACAUGUGAUCCGCAAUAUAUGGUAUCACAAUGGACAAUAUGUGGUGAUCAAACAAAAUCGAUGUUUGCUGAUCGUGAAUAUUGUCGACAAUUAGAUCCAUAUGGAACACCCAUUGGUGUUUAUGAACAACCAGAUUAUAUAUAUCAAUGUGCUGGUUAUUGGAGAGAAGAUUCUCGAUCUUAUUUAAUAACCUAUGAUCGUGAUGAUCCAUAUAUUAAUUUUAAAUGUUGGGUUUAUGAAAGAAUUGAUUUAUUUAAAAUAUAUCUUUCACGAUCAGCUGGAUCAUUUUGUGGUUUUAAUCAAACAUCUCAAAGUUAUGAAGCACAAGAUGGAGCUGAUCUUAAAAUUGAACUUGACGAAGCUGAACGAAUUCAUGAUGAUUGUCCAAUUCGUUAUGAUGACGGUAGAAAUCCAUGGCAAAUUGUUGACGAAUUUUUAUUUUAUUAUGCAUCAGCAAGGCAAAUAAUGCCGUCCUUAUUUCUUCAUAUUUUUCUCAUAAUAUUAUUUCUAAUUUUUUUUUAA